AUGCCUUCCAUUGCCGUCAAUCCUGGGGAGGAAUACGACAUCACGGUUGGCCGUAACCAAGGUCUUGCUCAACUUUUCUACAACGAAGUCCAACGGAAUCCUUCCUCUCUCGCCAUCGUUGACAACCAUGUCUCCAUCACCUACGAACAAGUACACUUCGUAGCCUCUCAAUUAGCCCAGAAGUUAUCCGAACAAUCUUUGAACAUACAAGAGCCUGUCGGAAUCAUCGUGAAACAUGGAUUCUCUGAUAUCAUCGCCCAAAUGGCCGUCCUAUAUGCCGGCGGCACCUGUGCCCCAAUGGACCCAACCUUGCCAGACCAACAAAUCCAAGGCCGGUUACAACGGCUAAACGCAAAACACAUUCUGGUGGAUUCGGAUAACUUGAAACGGGAUCUUCCGUUCUCGCAAUUCAUGGUGGAUGAACCAGACUUGCUGAGUAGCAAAGGAUCAUGGGCCGUCGGCACAUAUCCCCUUGCCACUGAUCUGUCUCACUGCACCCAUCUUAUCCACACCUCCGGCACAACAAGCGAACCCAAGGCCGUACAGAUUGCCGCUCGGUCAAUCCUGCAGGUGGUGUUCCAUGCCCCCUUCGAGCCAGUUCAUGAAACUGACGUUGUUGCCCAUGUCAACAACAGCAGUUUCGAUGUGUCCCUGUUCGAUAUCUGGGCGCCUUUGCUUCGUGGCGCGCAAAUCGCGGUCCUGCACAAAAAAGUCCUCCUUGAUCCUCCUCUGAUGGCCGAACACAUUGAGCGUAUGGGCAUUACCGUUAUGGCCACCACCACGGCGUUGCUCAACCUCGCCGCUUCCACUUACCCUCGUUCUUUUGCCAAACUACGUAUCUGCUUCAUUGGAGGCGAGGCCGCCAACGUGGCUGCCUUAGAGAUUAUCCUCAAACAAGGGCCCCCGGAAAUUCUCAUCAACGCAUACGGCCCGACAGAAUGUUGCAUAUUCUGUCUAGCUCACCGCGUGACCUACAAAGAUGUUCAAGAUAAGUCCGUAAGCAUUGGUAUGCCUAUCGGUCGUACCGUUGCUUAUAUUGCCGACGAAUCUGGGAAAGAAAGCAGGGAGGGAGAGCUCUGGAUCGGAGGUGCCGGCGUCUCGCCAGGAUACGUCAAUCAGGAGGAAAAGAACGCCCAGUCCUUCACGACGGUUGAGGGGUUGGUCACUGCCUCUGGUAAGCCUAUGCGGCUGUAUCGUACUGGAGAUAUUGUCCGCCGCCGCUCGGAUGGUCAGAUCGACUAUGUCGGCCGCUCUGACCACCAGGUGAAGGUCCGGGGAUUUCGAAUCGAACUCGAGGCCGUUGAAACUGGCUUGAUAAACACUGGACUUGUUUCAGAUGCAGUGGCAAUGAAAAUUGAGGUACCGCAGGAAGGUGCUGGCUCAAUGCUAGUGGCCUAUGCAACACCCGUGGAUCCACACCACCCACCUGGUGUUGCGAGUGUAUUGGACAUGCUGAAGAACUCCCUGCCAAACUAUAUGAUCCCGCAUCUGGAGAUAAUAUCGAACAUGCCUUUGAACAAUCAUGCCAAGGUGGAUCGAAAGCACUUGACGCAUAUCUUCUGUCAGCGGUGGCAGUCUCAGAAUUCUGCACUCAACAACCUUUGCAGAGACACCCGCUCAAUACUAGCCAACCUCUGGGCCAACAUCCUGGCCUCGCCCAAGCCUUCUUAUCGGGACGAUGACGACUUCUUCAACCUUGGUGGUACCUCGCUGCAGGCCUCUCUGCUCAUCAGCCACAUCCGUCGCACCUUCGACACAGAAGUCUCUCUCCUGACACUGUACGACAACUCCAGCCUUGGGGCUCUCACAGCCACCAUCGAAGAGCAUCGAGGUGGUAAGUUUGAGACAGUGCGCAAUGAGAGUGAGAUCUGGGUGGCCGAUACCAAGUUAGCAGACGACUUGCCCAUGCCAAGCGGAACCCCAGUGGACUGGUGCCGCGAUGUCGAAGGCCGUAUCUUUUUUACUGGCGCGACAGGCUUCGUUGGAGCAUUUAUGUUGGCAGACCUUUUGCGCAUGCCGCACGUUCACCAGAUUGGCUGCCUCGUCCGUGCGAAAUCCGCAGCCGUGGGCAAAGAGCGUCUCCGCACAGCCAUGGCUAAGUAUGACCUUUGGGAAGAUCGAUUUGCAGACAAGCUUCUCGCAUUCCCGGGUCUUCUAGAAGACAAAUAUCUCGGACUAGGUCUUGCUCGGUUCAAAGAACUUGCCAACUGGGCUAGCGUGGUCUUCCAUCUCGGCGCUCGCGUCAACUAUACCCAGCCUUACUCCCUACACCGCCCGGCAAACACACUCGGCACGGUAAACGUGGUACGCUUCGCGUCCGCCGGCCGAACUAAGGCUGUGCACUACGUCUCUAGCAUCUCGUGCUUUGGUCCCACGGGUUUUGUGACCGGCGCCACGACCGUCGAGGAAGACGAGUCUCUCAUGCCUCACCUAGAGGCCCUGCCUUAUGACCACGGCUACGCUCAAAGCCAAUGGGUAGCAGAACAGCUUCUCCGGCGUCUGAUGGAUCGCGGGUUCCCGAUUGCUGUCUACCGCCCAGGCUUUAUCACUGGCCACAGUCAGACCGGUGCCUGCAAUCCAGAUGAUUUCUUUAGUCGGCUGAUUCUUGCAUGUCGCACUAUGGGUUGCUACCCUGCCCUACCAAACCAGCGGAAAGAAUUCGUGCCGGUAGACUAUGUCAACUCGACAAUCUUGCAUGCUGCUUCCUCCUCUGAUUCGCUUGGGCACGCCUUCCACAUUGUUCCGCCCAGUCGUGCGGUUUCUAUUGACAUGGACGACUCGAUGGAUCUCAUUGGCGACCUUGAUGGCGCCCCGAUCAAGCGUGUCUCUUACCAGGAGUGGAUUGAUAAGCUGGCUGCCAACCCACCUAGGCGGCUCCAGCCCUUACAGCCUAUGCUGGCUGAAAAGGUGCAAGAUGGAAUGACGCGGUGGGAACUGUAUGAGAAUAUGCCCAUUUACCAGACCAUCAAUACUAUGAAGGCACUCGAGAGCUACAUUGGUGGUUUAGAGUUCCCUGCUCUCGACAAGGGUUUGAUGAAGAGAUAUAUGGACUAUCUCAAUGAACAUGACUCGUGA